CGUCCCAACUUUCAUCGGAUUGUUAGACUCGGUUGGACGAUUAAACGGCUUUGUGUCGGAGAACUUGGACGCGGGCAAGAGUGUCUGACCAUCAUUGGCCAGGACUUGGACGUCACUCCACUCUUCAGCAAACUGACAUUUGAGAUUGCUGGCUCCGACAACAAUAUGGACUUUGAACUAGUCAGGAAAGAUGACCGUUCUACUGUCCUCAGAAGCAGACGAUCCUUCGACCGCGAGACCGAAAACGUUUACCUGAUAAAAGUCGUCGUUAAGGACGGAGCACCCUCAGCGCGUCCAGACUACUUCCCCAACCCAAAUUCAGAUUUUAUCACCGUCAGGGUCGACAUCGGCGACGUGAAUGAUAACCCACCGUACUUCCAUUAUACCAAGUAUACUCUGAACGUGUCCGAAGAUGUUGAACUCAACCAGACCAUAGAACCCUAUAUUACUGCUGAAGACCCAGACGAAUGGGACAAAAAAAUACUGUCCUAUUUCAUUGAUUCCGGUAACGGACCAAUUCCAACAUUUGGUGUGAGAGAGGGCAGUGGAGGUCUGUUUCUCGUGAAGAAACUCGACUUCGAAGCUGGCACCAGGUUCUUUCAACUAACACUUCGAGUGUUUGAUGGAAUCAAUUCAGCAACUACGACAGUUGAGGUGAACGUCUUGAACGCCAACGACAACAACCCUGACUUGUCUCCACCGUCGCUCAUCAUUGAGGACACCAUUGAGGAAGACACGAGUGUCAUCGGAAACCCAAGACUGCUUCUAAAGUUCAGCGCAGCCGACGCUGACUUGGACCGUCCCAAUAAAUUUCAAUUUUCGAUCGAUGACACCUUUGCCAGCCAAUUUUUCGAAAUUAGAAGCGACACGGGGGAACUGUACCUUAUCUACCCUCUCGACCGCGACUUACCUUACGGCCGGGCCAACUUUACCAUCAGUGUGCGAGUGACCGACGAGGAGGUUAAUCCCAGGACCAGCUUCGCCUUUGUCUUUGUCAUGCCUCUAGACAUCAACGACAAUGACCCCGCAUUUCUCAACGUCCCGCUGGUGGGAGCCGUCAACGAAUUUUCCGAAAACGGGUCUUUUGUGAUGGUAGUCAGUGCUUUCGACCCGGACUUUAUGGAGAACGGCACCGUAGUCUUCAGCAUUCUCCGCAGCUAUGACACCAACAAUGCCUCCGGCAGCUAUUUCACCAUUGACUCCAACACCGGCAACGUCACUACCAACGUGGCCAAGGAGUUGCUGGAUCGCGAGAAGGACCGCGCCCUCUAUAUGGUCGUCAAGCUUGCCGACAAGGGAACACCCCCUCGCAGCACCACUGGUACCUUCACUGUCGUCCUCCAUAAUGUCAAUAGCCGCCCUCCAAUGUUCGAACAACGUUCAUACACAGUGGAUAUGUCAGAGGCACUGCCCAAGAAUGGAGAGGUCGUGACUAUCACAGCAACUUUAUCCGACAAUGUUUUGAUCUACUGGCUUCCAGUAGCAACUGACAGGAUACACUUUGAUAUCACUACAGAUCAAAGUUCUGGAAAAAUUAUAGUGCGCAAGCCCGUUGACUAUGACCCACCUUGGAAUCAGAGGUUCUUCAACCUUACGAUCUCAGUGACUGAUGGAAGGUUCAGUGAUACAUGCUACGUGGCGAUCAAUGUGACUGAUUUCAACGAUAAUGCUCCUCAAAUUGAGCCCCGAAGCGUCAAUGUCGCAUUGUUUGAAAAUGCACCAGUUGAUACUUUGGUUGCCAACUUUUCGGCAACAGACAACGAUGAAGGAAUCAAUGCCAAAAUCCAAUUCUCGAUUGACCGAAAGACAGACCCACUACGUCAGUUCACCAUUGACCCACCAAGUGGUGUGGUCCGUGUUCGCCGCCAUCUUGACCGAGAAACUACUGCUUCGUACAUUUUGCGCAUACUUGCUAUUGACCAAGGUAAACCCCCCUUAACUGGAACAGCAACACUGAACGUCACUCUGGAGGACGUGAACGAUAACUACCCGACUUUCUUGAACGACUACCAACCUCAUGUGCCGGAGAAUGAUCCAGAUUUUCGUAAGGACAUUCAGCCUGUCAUUUAUGCAAAGGAUCCAGACUUGCCUCCAUACAGUUACCCCUAUGGUUUUAGUAUCUGCAAAGACGGGUCGGACACCUGUCCAUGUGACGGGAGACCUUCGUGUCAAGCCUUCGGUCUUCGAGAAAAUAGAACUGGAGACAACGGUAAUGGGGUGGCCAUCAUAUAUACAAAGAUGCAGUAUGACAGAGAGGAACAAAAAUAUUACGAGAUACCCAUCAUUAUGUGGGACAUGUACGGGUCCGGAAGUUCAUUGAUUCAGACUGGAACCAACACUCUAACUGUCACUAUCGCUGACAAGAACGACAACCCCAUGAGAGAGGGGCAUCAAGAUAUUUUCGUCUUCAACUACGAAGGUAUGUUUGGUCCCAUCGACAUCGGCCGCGUUUACGUGAAUGAUCCUGACGACUGGGACUUGCCCGACAAAACCUUCACCUUCCUGGAACCCAAAUGGAUGGAAGCCUACUUCCAGGUACUGAGCAACGGGACCAUCGUCAUGGAGAAAGGUGUGCCUAGCAAUAGCGACAAAGAAAAAUACACCUUUCGUGUCCAGGUGGUAGACAAUGUCCGAAACGAAAAGGUCGUCGCGACCGUCUCUGUUGUUGUGAACGAUCUAAGCGACGAGGCCGUCAGGUCUUCUGGCGCUGUACGUCUUCAAGGAAUCUCUGCCGAGGAUUUCAUCAAGCGACCGCCGUUGGACGCCAGCACGUACGGCGAAAGCCCCUACGACAAGUUCCGGAAGUUGUUAGCGGAGAAGCUGGGCACGGCGCUGGAAAACGUUCUGAUCAUCAGCGUGCAGGACGUGGAGGGCGGUGUCUACACCGACGUACGCUACACGGCUCACGGCUACCAGUCCUCGCAGACCGACAGCGUGGUCGUCAACAACCUGCAAGAGUUCAAUAGUACCGAAGGCAUCCACAUCGUCCAGGUUCCCAUCGAUAUGUGCGCGGAGGAAUUCUUUGAAGGUGGAUGCUACAAUUACCUGGACAUCACCGGUCAUCCUGCCAUGAUCAAUUCCAACGGAACGUCCUUUGUGGGAGUCGAGGCAUUCGUUUGGGCGAGGGAGGGGUGCCGUGCGCGUGACUUUCCUGACCCCGUGAAAUGUUCUGGAGACUACUGUUACAACGGAGGAACCUGCAAGCAGGAUGACUUUGGAGUUCUAUCGUGCCUGUGUUUGUCCGGAUUUGAUGGCCCGCGCUGUCAGCAACUGCGGCACAGCUUUGACGGCAGUUCGUAUGCGAUGUACCCGCCUCUGGAGCAGUGCGAGGACAGCGAGACCUCAAUUGAGUUUAUGACCAACCAGCAGUCGGAUGGUCUCCUUCUCUACAAUGGACCUAAGGCCAAUUCUUCAGACCAGCCACGUGACUUCAUCUUGCUGGAGUUGAAGGGUGGUUUUCCUGUCUUGUUGAUCGACCACGGGACAGGUGCUACAAACUUGACCGUCAUGAGCAGCCUGGCAGAUGGCAAAUGGCACCGCAUCGACAUCAUCCGCACUGGCAGGCACGUGGAAAUGAUCGUAGACUUCUGUGAAAGCGCGGCGUCGAGAAAUGACCACCCUUGUCGAGCAGCAAGCGACACCCCAGGUGACUAUACUUUCCUCAACGUCGGUACUCUACUUCAGCUGGGUGGAAGGCAGCCAGAUACAACCUACCCGCCUAACUUAGUGGUUGGAGGAUUUAACGGCUGCAUACGUAACCUUCGCCACAACAGCAAGCUUUACGACCUGCAUUACAAAGAAAUCCCAGGAGUCUCCUCUGGUCAGAACGGCUGCCCACGCGAGGACGAGAACUGUGGGGCUACCUGCGGUGUGAAUGGCGUGUGCACAGCUGGUCUUACACCUGCCCAGGCCCCUACCUGCGUCUGCAAGCCUGGAUGGCGAGGAAACCAGUGUUCCACAGAGACCACUAUUCGAGACCUAGGCACCUCCAGUUAUUUCAAGUGGACACUGAGCCCCAACUUCGUUUCUACCAGCGUCCUCCCUUACAAGAUAGAGAUGCAGGCUAUGUUCCGCACACGUGAUGACUCCGGGGUCAUCUUCGCUAUCUUCGGCACAAACAACAACCAGUACAUCACACUUCAGAUAGCCGAUAGCAAGCUGCAGGUCAGAUACAAUCUCGAUAACACGGAAGAGGUUCUAGAGCUGUCCCUUGCGGCUGUCAGCAAUGGACAGUGGCACGUGGUCAAAGUCGCGAGAAAUUUACAGCACGUGACUCUGAUCUUAGACGGAGGCGAAGGACGCAACUACAACUACUCUCGAGGAAAUCCUGAUGGAAGCUUCUUAAUGGCUCUAUCAGACACCACCUACGUGGGUUGGGUUGUGAGCAGUCGUCAGGGAACAACUGACCAGGAUCUUGCUGACACGUGCGUCCAGGACAUCCGACUCAAUAACGUUGGGUUCCCGAUGACUCCGUCAGAGAACGCUGACGGGGUGAGUCUGACGGAACAGGUAAAUGUCAAGGACGGCUGCGCACGUGACGACUGCACUGGUGUCAGCUGCCCAGCGGGUACCUUCUGCUACCCUUUGUGGGGAAAACAUGAGUGCAGAUGUAAUGAUGGCACUCACUCAAGUGGUACAACAUGCGUGUCCGAUUGCACGUCCAAUCCUUGUUUUAACAACGUGCCCUGCAGCAUAAACAACGGAAGUGUGAUCUGCGCAUGCCCGCCUGAGUGGUGUGGACCUCUUUGCCAGUACUAUAUAACGUCCUCAACCUGUAGCGGUGAAUCGGAAGAGGCCUUGUCUGCCGGGCUUACAAUAGGUGGCAUUGCCGCGAUUGUCGUUUCCAUCAUCGCCGCGUUGCUCAUUGUCUUAUUUGCCAUCAUGUGCUUCGCCUAUUGCCGAAAGAGGGCGCUGGAAAAGGUGGUUGUAGAGACUGACGAUGACUAUGACAUCAGAGAAAAUGUUAUGUACUAUGACGAGGAAGGAGCAGGGGAGGAAGAUCAGAACGCCUACGAUCUGGACACCCUAAGAAAGCCUGUCAGACAGCUCCAGCCGGACAUCAGAAACGCUCCCUUGCGGCGAGAACCUCAAUUAGCCCGAGCUGUUUCUGAAGACGUGGGUGACACCAUCCACGACCGCAUGAGGGAUGCCGACGACGACCCCGACGCACCCCCAUUCGACACGCUGCACGAGUUUGCCCUGGAAGGAGGCGGAAGUGACGCAGGCAGCCUAAGUUCGUUGGCUACCAGUAGCAGUGACGCUAGCCAAGACUAUGAUUACUUGAACGAGUGGGGUCCCAAGUUUGCCAAACUGGCGGACAUGUACGGCGCAGUCCGGGAGGAGGACGCAUGAUGGAAACCCAGGCUUGCUGGGGAAGUAGUCCUCGGUAACGCGGACGGUGGAGGAAAUGAAGUGAUGAAGUUCUGAGUUCUCAUGCAAGAAACUGACCAAAUGCAAGUAAAUAAUACGAGUGAGUGAGCGCGAGCUAUAAGUGUUUGCGCAUGCUCGCUUGUGAACGUGCGUUAUCGGGAAUAAUCAGAGUGCCAUGAAAAAGCUUAGUGGAAGGGAUUUCGUGGUCAAGGUAGGGAACGUCUUCUCCUUUGACACCAGAUUGUUACUAAUAUAUCUACUGCCAUUCUUAUCUAAGUUAUCAUAAUAAUAAAAUAUUGUAUGUACAGUGCUGCUCUGUUCUGAUACAGUUAUAAUGCAUGUGUAUCAUUUUUAUCAUGUAAGGACACAUUGCAGUACCUGUUUACAUUAAAUAUUUGGAUCCCUCCACUUACUGGAAAAUUUAUGUUCUUUAAUUUCUAUAAAGAUGUUCAUUCUCGAUUAUUUGGGGGAUGGAGGUAAGGGGGAAGGGUAGAUGUAUUGGGGUUUAAAUGUAAAAGUACUUGUACAAGUAGUUUCGAUGCUGAUUUUUUGUUACGAUGUGCUUGCGAAUGUUAUUGUCUUGCAAAUUUUAGCAGAAAAAAACAUAGGCGAGACUGAUGGCUAAACGUUUGAUUCCUCAACAAAUUUCUUCACCUUUAUGGACACAUGCUACUCUCUGCAGUAGAGAACCGAUUUUUGUCAUACGACAUAUCGCCUAUAACUUAAUCUUUUGCGAUUAGCUAAAUUUAAAAAAAAAUUUUUCUGCUGCAUAUUGCAAAAAAAUUCAAUCUUGUUGCUGGUUAUUAUUAUAUAAUAUAUAAAUUUAAAUUUUGAAAUAUACUCUAUCUGGAAUAUAGUGGCUUUCAUGUAAUUAAUUAUGCCCCUUUGCACUUGAAUACGUAUUAAUCUCACAAUUUCAGUCGCUGCUUGCUAUUUUAAAAGACUAGCCCAUGGGGCAACUUUGAAAGUUAAGUUGGCACUUAAUCACCAGCAUACAGAAUGGAAAAUCUUUGUAUGAAAGUAAAAGAUCAGAAACUGUUUUUGACAUAAAAUUAUCCUGUUUUGUUCAUCUUCAUGUUCAAUUUACCAUGCGGCUUGCAAGGUUCAAUUGUGGUGUGUUCAAUUUUUGUUUUUAUUUUCUGUGCUGAAGUUCAAAUUCCGCUGUAUUUUGUUCAUCUCAUACUU